AUGAUUGGAGGCGGAUGUGUUGCGGGUGCUCCGGAUUUUGGUACCGCGCGCCAGAGACUGGAUAAGCCGUCUCUGCGCCUUCAUCUGCCUCUGGAGCUGCAGCACCGGCUGCGCGCCGCGCCUUCCAGGAUUCUGCCUGAGUGGUGUGUGGCUGGCUGGCGCGGAGUGGUGUGCGGCUGGCUGGCGCAGAGUGGUGUGCGCCGGCGAGAGGCGCUGCGUGGUGUAUGCCGGCGAGAGGCGCUGAGUGGUGUGCGCCAGCGAGAGGCGCUGAGUGGUGUGCGCCAGCGAGAGGCGCUGAGUGGUGUGCGCCAGCGAGAGGCGCUGAGUGGUGUGCGCCAGCGAGAGGCGCUGCGUGGUGUGCGCCAGCGAGAGGCGCUGCGUGGUGUGCGCCAGCGAGAGGCGCUGCGUGGUGCGCGCCCUUGGUGCGUGCAGUGUAGUGUGCCCCUGGACGGGCUGAGAGGGUGCUCCCAGCGGGUGAGUGCCCCUCUGGCGGAAACAUCUUUCGCGGAGCUGCACCUUCAGCUCUGCAUCUGCUUGAGUAGCAGCGACCGCCUCUCCUCGCUGCCUGGUGCCGGCAUCCUGGUUCGGCCGGAGCUGGGAGCUGGAGGAUCUGGCCGUCUGAGGUUUGCUGCUACCUGCUGCUUCUGCUGGACUGAGUUGACUGUGGCUCGGUUGCCCCCGAUUCGGGGAGGACAAGCUGUGGAGCUUGUUUGUGGAGGCUGCCCUGGUGGCCUCGUGAGUUCGGUCGCCGUGGUCGUUUGGCAGCGCGCCAGAGACUGGAUAAGCCGUAACAAUCAAAUGAUCGAAGACGGGAUCCAGAGCGGUCCAAUACAGAUCUGUCCACGGCCAAGUCUCUGAGGUGGCCAGGUGACCGAGGGGUGGCAGGGAGCAGAUGCGGGCGAUGGUGGCGCGAGCAGUGGCCGGGGGCCAUCUGCAUC